UGUAUUAGGGAUUUUUAAGCAAUUUUAGUACAAAAGUUUCUGAUAUUAAGGUCAACUUCAGCAUUCUUUCAUAGUUCAUAGUUUACUUUAAUUAAAUUUCCAAUUUUGUUUUUUUUAAGCAAAUUUGACAUUUUGCAAAGAGGAAUACUGAAGUCUUUGACUGAAAGGACGUGUUUUAAUCUGAUUUGGUGUUUCGACCUCUCCCUGAUGCAUUUGUGGUAUGGCCUGUUUCCUCCUCAUUUUGCUGAGCUGGAUUUCUCCUGAAUGAAAGACCAAGAGCUGCUGGUGGUUUCCUGUCGGGGAUUUCAGUAGAGUUGGGGUCCAGUGUUGAGGAAGCUGGGAGCAUGUUUGAGCAGGAGCUGGAGUCCGUUACCGGGUAUCUUCAUCUGGAGAGGAUCCGUUCUGUGAGCACGACAGAUGUGAUGUUGAGCAGCAGCGUGGACAGACCUUCCCUGAGUUAACCACAAACACAGACUUGUUCUAGGUGCAUUGCUUCAUCUAAUAAGGAAAGCUGAGUAAAUGCUGAUUAUAAAUGUAAUAUUUCAUUGAAUUUCACUGCCAUGAAACCAUUUUGUUUAUAAAUAUUAUUCUAAUGUUCACGUUAGCAUUCAGUUUUAACCUGCAAGAAGAGACAUUUCUAAACUGCUUUGAAAAUGUCAACGUCAACUUUGUUAAUAAAGCUUUAAGACUCAAGAUGGUAAACAUAGAGCCAGUUAAGAAUAAAGUAAGUCCAAUAUGAAGACUUUAACCAGGAGUUCUGAUUGAACAUUAACUUGGUGUUUGGAGUUUCCUGCUCAUCAGGCCAACACUUCAGGCAGGAAUCACGGCUCCUCUCCGUCUCUCCAAGACAUCCUCAACAACCAAUCAGACUUACGCAGCAGAUCCAGAAAAAAAGCUUUUCCAAAGGACCUACAAUUAAAAAAGAUUACAUUAAAAUAAUAAUGAAUGAAUAUAUUCCACAUAAAUCUCUGAUCUAUUCCAUGGUGAAAUUACUUUAGUCUGCUUUGCAUUCCCUUGUAGAUCUCUCUGUUCUUCUGGAAAAAACUUCUAAAAACUUGACCUGGAGGGGGAAAAAACAUACACACAUUUUAAUUUAACAAAGUAUUUUAGAUAUUAUUGGAGCUCAUCACUUUAAGUGUCAUGUAUAUGGUGUUUUUACAGCUUCCUGACACAACCCUGUGUUUGCAAGGCCCAGGGGAACCAAGCAGUAGCAUCAAGAGUCUGCAGACCUUCACCUCCACUGAGACAUCAGCCGCUAUUAUUAUCUUUGGUUAAUAUUUGGGAUUAGGGGACAGUAAGAGAUUUACAGCUGGCUAAACUCUGACUCUCAUGCUCUAAGCACUGGCUUUUGCUGUGAUUGGCAGCAUUUUGAUAGAAAAGAAUUUAAAAUGAUAUAGAAUUCAAAGGGAAUUCUAAUCAGAAAAUAUACCAAACGAACAGAUAAGACAUAUAAAGAACUUCAUAAAUAACUAACAGACCUGUAGUGAGGUAAUUAUGACUCCCUCUCCCCCAAACAGGGUCCAGGUUUAUUUUGAAAUUAUCCCAGUAUUUUAUUGUGUAAUUUGUUCACCGUUUCCUGUCUCUGCGUGAUCAUUGAUGUGUCGUGCUGUGAAGACCGGGAAAAGAAACUAAUAUGGAGCGUUUUUCUGAAAUAUUAUCCAUAUUUUAGCUUGUUGAAUUGGUGGACUGGUUAGACCAUAACUCCUAGAAUCGAGUCGCUUCGCUGUCACGUGUCUGUACGUUCCUGUGGAGCUGCAGCUUCUCUCCCUGUCGCUCCUUCGCUCUCUGUUUCUGUUCUGGUGGCUCUGUGCCCGAGAGGAGCGGCAGCUCAAGCCCCGCCCCCUCCCAGUUCUCCCAGUAUUUAGCCACGCCCCCUCAGAGGAGAUUUUGGAAACAGAGGCUUCACGUCAACAUGAAAAAUGGCUUUUUAAGACAUUAAGGCUGUGGGAUUUCGAAUAAAAACUUCAUAAUUAACACAGGUAAAUACUGAGUGGUGAGUGAGGAACCGUCGGUAGUUUAAUAAUCGGCCCAUUUUAUCCGCAAAUGUUUCUCUUAUCGUUGUGACGUCAUAAUGUCCAGUAUCGUCCGAUAAAUAUUUGUAACCAAUAUUAUCGUGCAGCCCUAAUUAAAACACUACUAGGAAUGUUUUUUUAAAAUUGUCAACUUUUAGGAAUUACACACUCGUAUAUGUCCUCGAUUAUCAGAUAAAUGCCACAAGAACACGUUAAAACACCAUUUUCAUUGGAGUGGGUCUUUUGAAACUAUUUUGUUGUCUGGAUAUAUUCAGCCUGAUUUCAAAAACCUUCUUGACGUUUAUUGUUAUAUUCAGGACGACUGUGGGGGCGUGUUCUUUUUUUUAACCUUAGAUCCUAUCAGAGCUGGAAUUUGAGCAUUUUAUCCACCCUAACAUGUUUAAAAAUAUCUGGACCGGUCAGCAGCUGCUCAUGGUGAUCCUCGACCGGCCUGCUUACUGCUCCUAGUGUUCUUCUGGGUCUGGAUCAAGCGGCCUCAGAACCAGCUUGUCAGAAGACAAGUGUCAAGGUUAGUUGUUGGUGUGUUUGUCCUCUCUGGCAUCCGCCCCGCUCACAGGGCCUCACAGGGUUUUGUCGGCUCUAAUAAUAGUGUGGAUCAGGUUCUGGCUUUUCAGGAGCCUCACAAUCUCUGUAGCUUUGGGAGGAAGAGGAGGAGCUGGCUUUCUCCUGCUGGAGUCUGGACUCUUUUGUUGUUUCUUCUCAGUUUCUACUGAUCCGGGUCAGUGUUUGUCUGUCUUUGUGUUGUUUUUGUUGUUGUUCCGUUCCUCCUCUGGAACAAAAACUCCUCAUUUGUUCCUGAAGCUGCUGUCUCGUAUCCGUGGUUCUCUGAGGCAGCAUGCAGCGAUACCACCACUAUGAGAAUUCGUACUCCUCCUCCCCACCUCCUGCUGCUCCUGUAGAGGAGAUCCACACAGAGCAGCUGCUGCAGGAGGAGGAGGAGGAGGAGGAGUACACCGAGGAGGAAGAGGAAAUGCAACCUUUGCUGCGGGAGUCAGGAGGCGUCGCUGAGGAGGAAGUCGUGCAGAAAGAGGAGGCUGGAGUCCAGGAGUCGGAUAGGGAAGAGGGAAAGACGGCGCCGCUGGAGAGCAAGAACGGACAGAGAGCAGAAGGCGAAGGGGGCGGAGCUGCCAAGUACUCCAUGUUCACGUGGUUGGUGGUCCUGGCUCUGCUGGGAGUGUGGAGCUCCAUGGCGGUGGUCUACUUUGACAUCGUGGACUAUGACAGCGUCAUCGCCAGAGCUCAGGAGUUUCGGUUGAACUUUUCUGAAGUUUUGCAAGGUAAACUGAAGGCCUACGACUCGGACGGAGAUGGAGACUUCGAUGUGGAGGAUGCUAAAGUUCUGCUCGAUGACAGGAAGUUCAGAGGCCACGCUAUGAGGAGAGAAGGGCUGAGAAAAGACCAGAGAAAAGACGGGAAGAAGAGAGAAGUCGACUCCAGGGCAGUCACUGAUCCAGGUGUAGAGUCUCCUGAAGAAGAAGCUGCAGAUGGAAUGAACACAACCAAAGAACAUCACCACAUCAAAGGCUCCAGGCUGCGCUCGGCUUUAAAAGAAGAGCUGAGAAUGAUCCACGAGAAAAUGGAAGCCAAGAGGAUAGCUCGCAUCGCACUGAGCGAGAUCCGAGUCCUGUUGGCUGAGGAGGAGGAGCGGAGGGAGGCUGACUGGACCCUGAAGAUCAGGAGUCUGGAGGAAGCUCAAGAGCACUGGAGGGAAGAGAAGGAAAGGAUGGAGAGGGAAAAGGCUGAGACUGAAAGGCUGGAAAAGGAGAAGUUGGAGAAGGAAAGACUAGAAAAGGAAAGGUUGGAGAAGGAAAGGUUGGAGAAGGAAAGGCUGGAAAAGGAAAGACUAGAGAAGGAGAAGUUGGAGAAGGAAAGACUAGAAAAGGAAAGGUUGGAGAAGGAAAGGUUGGAGAAAGAAAUGCUAGAAAAAGAAAGACUAGAGAAGGAAAGACUAGAGAGGGAGAAAGCUGAGACUGAAAGGAUGGAAAAGGAGAAGCUGGAGAAGGAAAGGUUGGAGAAGUUAGAGAAGGAAAAGUUGGAGAAGGAAAGAAUUGCAAAGGAAAGACUAGAAAAGGAAAGGCAGGAGAAGUUGGAGAAGGAAAGGCAGGAGAAGGAGAAGUUGGAGAAGGAAAGAAUUGAAAAGGAAAGACUAAAGAAGGAAAGGUUGGAAAAGUUGGAGAAGGAUAAGUUAGAGAAGGAAAGGUUGGAGAAGGGAAGAAUUGCAAAGGAGAAGGCUCAGAAGGAAAUGUUGGAGAGGGAAAGACUUGAAAAGGAAAGACUAGAAAAGGAAAGGCAGGAGAAGUUGGAGAAGGAAAGGCAGGAGAAGGAGAAGUUGGAGAAGGAAAGAAUUGCAAAGGAGAAGGCUCAGAAGGAGAAGUUAGAAAAGCAGAAACUGGAGAGGCAAAGGUUGGAAAGAGUGAAGGCAGAGAAGGAAAGGAUAGAAAAGGAGAAAGCUGCUAAAGAAAGGGCACAAAUGGAACGAGAGAAGGCUGAGAGGAAAAGACUGGAGGAGGAAAGACUUAAGGAGAAGAUUGCCAUGGAAAAAGCAGAGAAAGAAAGGGAGAAAAUGAUCCAAGAAAGACUUGAAAAACAAAGGUUAGAAAAAGAAAGAAUUGCAAAAGAAAGAGCUGAAAGAGAGAGACUGGAAAAAGAAAGAAUAGCCAAAGAGAGGGCAAGAGAAGAGAGGGAAAGACUUGCUAGGGAGCUACAGGAGAGAGAGCGCAUCGCUAAAGAAAAGGAGAGAGUCUCCAAGGAAAGGCAAGAAAAAGAAAGGAUUGCUAAAGAAAGACUGGAGAGAGAGCGCAUCGCUAAAGAAAGGGAACGAAUUGCCAAAAUGAAGGCAGAAAAUCAAAGAGUGGAGAAAGAACGCCUAGAAAGAGCCGCUAAAGAAGAGAAGGAACGCAUCAACCAAGAGAGGGAGAGAGUCGCAGAGACGGAGAGAUCAGCCAAAGAAAAAGAGAGAAUCGCUAAAGAACAGAUAGUGAAGGAACAGCAAAGACUAGAGCGGGAGAACGCCUCCAGGGAUGAGCAGAUGAAGAAAAGGCAGAGAAUGGUGGAAGAGAAAGCCUUGUGGGAGAAGAAAGGACAGGAAGGAAAUUCCACCUCGAGCAACACUCGGAGACCGGAGAACCUGCAGAGGAAGAACGGCACUUCUGGGAUGGAGAGACGAGGCUCUGCGGCCGCCGGGAGAGACAAGAACGUCUUGGAGAAGAAGAAAAAAUGAGUCUAUAAUAUACGUGUUUAAACCAUUUUCAGUAAGAAAAAAAAGUUUCAUCAUCAGAACACAAUGAAUUCAUAAUACUUUGUAAAAUGUUCAUAUUUAUUAGGUUUUUACUUUAAAAUCCAGGAAGGAUAGAUGAAACACUUCUUUAAAUUAGGACAAACCUAAAGCUUAUUUCCUAGUUUGGUGCUUUUGUUGUGAACAUGAUCUUUUGUGAUUUUAGGUUGUGGUGUUUUCUUUAUUUCAUUAAAGUAAUUUUUUAAUUGAAGCAGCAUUUUUUUACGUUUUUGUUACAGUAUUUUACAUUAUAUUUUACUGUUUUACAUAAACUGAGGAAUGAAAAAGGCCCCAGAUGCAGCAAAGGGUUUGUUUUUCAUUUUUCCACAAACCUUUUAAUGUACAAUAAACAACAUUUACUAAACUAAUUCGAACUGAAAACAUCAAUACACCUAAAACUAAAUACCAUCUGUUAAACUUUCUUCUAUUUUAUUUGCGUUUAAACUGAAUGUUUUUAUUUAUUUAUUUAUUGUUCGAUGAAAGGACUUGGUGUCUUUUCAUAAGUAGACUUCCUCCUUUAGGAGAAAAAUGUUUCUUUUUCGGUGACAAUAGUCUCCAAUUGUUAGAUUUUAUUCACAGGUUUUGGCCAAAACAAAUCAUUUUCAUUUUUGUAUAAAGGAAAGAUUUAAGUGUGAUUUUUAUGGACUUUUUCCUGCAAAUAGAAAGAGGUUUGUGUGUGUUUUUUUUUUGUCAGACACAAAGAUACGAAUAAUGCAAAUUCAAACAGUUUCUGUCUGUGUCUUAAACACUUUCAGCACACCACGGUGUUGUGCUGCACAAUGAAAGGUUCAUGUUUGCCCUCAAUCGGAAAACUCAUUUUUAUAAUGUUUGUGCUCUUGGUUCUGCUGCAUUUGAUCAGAAUAUUCUGACUCUCUUAACUUUUUCCUGUUAAUGAUGAACUUUGAAAGUUGAUAUAAAGUGUUCUUUUUUCUCA